AUGCUCAGAUUGUUCUCGGCUUUAAUUUUACUCGAUUCAUAUGCCGCUAAUUGUGUUACCGAUCAGCGCACAUACGACGACGGCCAGGUCUGGGUGCAUCAGGGAUCGUUCAACGUCACCUGCAGAUACGAUCGGAUAGUUGUAAGUUGAAUAUAUUGGGUUUUCUGAGUAAUAUGGGGGUUUUGGGAUGUUCUUAUAAUAGUACAAGUGUAAUUUUGAGUUCAAAAAAUGAAUUUUUAACAAAAGUUUGGCUAAAAGCUUGAUAAACUAAAGGCUUUGCUUCUAUUUGAAGCUAUUUCUUGAUUUUCUAUGCACUUUUUGAUCACUUAAAACAAUUUUAAAUACCCAAAUAAAAUCUCCAGUUAACUGCUAUUUAAUUACACUGCUCAUCAAAAGAUGAAACAUCUAAAAUUCGAACUAAUCUUUCUAUAUUAACAUCGAGAUUACUCUGUAGAAAAAAUAUUGCACUUGCCAAAGCCGGGUUAUUGAUAUUAAUGUUGUUUUGGGGCAAAAAGCGGGAUAAUAAGUCAUGUUGGGAGUUGUCACUUGGGCUUCAUGAAUAUUUGCCAUACUUAAGGCCCGAAUGUUUCUAAAAGAAUAAGUAAUUCCGAGAUGUUUUAAGUGACAUUUUAAUGAACCUAGAUUAUGGAUUGGCAGAGGAAUUGGGGCUAAUUAUAAAGCGAGUGUUUUUGGUCGGUAGGUCGGUCAAAAAGUGCGUGGAAUUGAUUAUUAUAAUGGUUUUUAUAGUUUUUUUGAAGGUUUGAAAACAGAAAAUGGUCAGGUUUGGUCAAAAAGUAGAUAGAAAGAUUAAAAAUAAAGUAAAAUUUGUGUGUAAUAGGCUAUCCUACUUUUGUUUUAAUUAGAUUAGCAUUAAAAAAGUUGAAAAUGACAAACAUAAACGCUAAAAAUACAGCUCUACAUCAUUCAAUGACAUGUUUUAGUUAGUAAACUGCAUAACAGAAGCAGGUACUCAAAUACCCUUAGGAACUUUGAAUUUUGAAGAAAAUGGGUUUAAUUACACUUGCAAGAACAUAUCGACCAAUGGUCAUGCCCCAACCUUGUUUGCCCCAUUGGAACAGGUAAAAGAGUCAGAGGAAUGUGAUCGAGGACAAGAUAAUUAUGUCAGAGAGGGGUUCGUAAUGUCAUGUGAAAGCAAUAUUAUACUCGGGUGUGCCGAUGUAUUUGGAGACUUGGUGAAGGAGGGGUUCUACAUUGGGGAGAGGAUGAGCUUGAAGUACUGUUACGUGUACAAGAACAGGAGGAGAUCCAAGGUGGAGAGGAGGGGUAAGAAGUUCAUGUAUUAUGGGGGGAUAGCGGUUCUUAUGUGCGUAAUAUAACGUAUUUAGUGGCUACUGUAAUUUAUAGAAAUAUUAUUGGUUAUUACAUACUGUACUUUGAAAAUAAAGGCAAAUAUGUUGCAGUAAUACAAACCCGCAUUAUAAUAUCCGUACUAUACUUUUAAUAUUCAAAAUAGUGUUUUUAUAUUGCAGGUUGUUUUAAUGGUACAGAAAGAGACGACCCAUCAGAUAACAAGUAUCACAUGAAAAGGGGUGACAUCUGGAAGACUUCAGGCACUACGUUGCGAUGUGAAGAUGACGGUCUUCAAGUCUACAAAUGUCAUCCCACGCCAAAAGAGUCGCCUCACGUCGGAACAGCGUGGUACGACAAAGACAAUGUGCUCAAUUUUUGUCCGUUUAACUAA